ACAAGAUCGCGAAGCUUCGAAAAGCGCGGGCAACAUCCGGGCACCUGGGCCGUCGAGCUGAGGCGCGCCUUCCGUGCCUGCUUUUUAGAGCGUAUGGCAGCCAUGCUGAAGUGCGUGAUGAGCGGCAGUCAGGUGAAAGUAUUUGGGAAAGCAGUUCAAGCUCUAUCACGAAUUAGUGACGAGCUCUGGCUAGACCCAUCUAAAAAAGGUCUUGCUCUACGAUGUGUGAAUUCUUCUCGGUCAGCAUAUGGAUGUGUCCUGUUCUCUCCUGUGUUUUUUCAACAUUAUCAAUGGUCAGCUUUAGUGAAAAUGAGUGAAAAUGAACUUGACACAACACUGAAUUUAAAAUGCAAAUUAGGAAUGAAGUCAAUUUUGCCCAUCUUUAGAUGUCUGAAUUCCCUUGAAAGAAAUAUAGAGAAGUGCAAAAUAUUCACCAGAUCUGACAAAUGCAAAGUAGUUAUUCAAUUCUUCUACAGACAUGGUAUUAAAAGGACUCAUAAUAUAUGUUUUCAAGAAAGUCAGCCUUUGCAAGUUAUUUUUGACAAGAAUGUUUGUACUAAUACACUAAUGAUUCAACCAAGAUUGCUUGCUGAUGCCAUUGUUCUUUUUACAUCAAGUCAAGAGGAAGUUACUCUUGCUGUUACUCCACUGAAUUUUUGCCUCAAGAGUUCUAAUGAGGAAUCAAUGGAUUUGAGCAAUGCUGUGUACAGUGAGAUGUUUGUUGGCUCAGAUGAGUUUGACUUCUUUCAAAUUGGAAUGGACACUGAGAUAACGUUUUGUUUCAAAGAAUUGAAGGGAAUACUGACAUUUUCAGAAGCUACACAUGCUCCUAUAUCCAUUUAUUUUGACUUUCCUGGGAAACCUCUGGCUUUAAGUAUUGAUGAUAUGUUAGUGGAAGCUAACUUUAUUUUGGCCACAUUAGCUGAUGAGUCAAGUAGAGCAUCUUCACCACAGUCACUGUGUCUUUCACAGAAACGAAAAAGGUCAGAUCUGAUUAAGAAAAAGGCUGGCAAAAAUAUAACCGGCCAGGCCCUGGAAUGUAUUUCAAGAAAAGCAGCACCAAGAAGGCUUUAUCCUAAGGAGACUCUCACAAACAUCUCUGCAUUGGAAAACUGUGGAAGCCCUGCAAUGAAAAGAGCGAAUGGAGAUGUCAGUGAAGUAUCAGAAAACAGUGUCAGCAACACAGAGGAAGUGCCAGGGUCUCUGUGUCUCAGAAAGUGUGAUGCAGAAAAGAAUUUAAUGGAAGUGAUGCCAAAUAUUUCUGUAUUAUCUGACAUAGAACAGUAUCCUCCACUGCCAAGACAGCCUGAGUUUGGAGUAGAAUAAGGUGGAAGACAAAUAUCUCUGUUCUUUGGCCCUUUAAGAGUUAGCUUUUUACCUGUACAAAUGGACUAAAAAAUCUGGCACAAAACAUAGUUAUGUAAUGUCUUAUGAUGUGUGCCUCUCCCUCCCCCAAACCUGUUUACAGUCAAUUAUAACCUGACAAACGAGACUUUUGUAACAUCUUAUUGUUAAGUCUUUCUGAAACCUUCAAACCUAAGGAAAUGUUAACUGGCAAGCAAUUGUAGUUUAGACUUUGUGAGAAAUUCAUAAAGGUGGCGGAGUAGAUUAGCAUGCUUUAGAACUGUGAAUAGAGUUCUAACUGAAACCAGAAUGAAUUUGGCUCUUGUAGCUUAGUAAUGAGUCAUAGCUACCCACAAUAACCUAAUAAAAACUCAAGUUCAUCCCAAGAUGUUCCUUAGUGAAUGAAAAUGGGCCUUAACCAAGCUUUUUGUGGUAAUUGGCAAUGCCCACAUAAUUUCAACUAAGUCCUUUCACAUGGUAGGCUGAAGAUUUAUGUAUCUUAUGCUUACACUGAUGAUUAACACUGAAUUUCUGAUAUUUCUAACAAAUGCAGAUUUGUUAGACACAGGGAGCUUUUAUACACAAGAAUAACUCUGUAGGUCUCUGCUGAGGAUAACAUUUCUGGUUCAUUCAUUGAAAUAGGCAGAGGGGUUUAGGUCUUGAAAGCAUCAUCAUCAGUAAUAGCCUGGAUGCAGCAUUGGACUAUUAAAGACAGUUAACACUAGUGGGGCAUAGUGGCUCAUGCCUGUAAUCCCAGCACUUUGGGAGGCCCAGGUGGGAGGAUCACUUGAGCCCAGCAGUUCAAGACCAGCCUGGGCAACAUGGUGAGAUCCCAUCUCUACAAAAAAUACAAAAAUUAGCCGGGCACUUUGGAUUUUAGAAUUUGGAUAGAAAGUGCUAAGUUGAAAUACAGUCAUCUGUUGCAUAACAAAGUUUUGGUCAAUGAUGGACUGCACAGACAGUGGUGGUCCCAUAAGAUAAUGGAGUUGCCCUAUACAGGUGUACCGUUUUUUGUCUUUCAUACCAUAGUUUUGGCUGAACCAUUUCUAUGUUUAGAUAUUAAAAUGCUUACUGUUGUGUUACAACUGCCUACAGUAUUCAGUACAGUAACAUGCUAUACAGGUUUGUCGCCUAGGAACAACAGGCUAUCCAUAUAGUCCAGAUGUGUAGUAGGCUAGAUCAUCUAGGCUUGUGUCAGUACACAAUGAUGAAAUUGCUAAGGAUGCAUCUGUCAGAACAUCUCUGUUGUUAAACAACACGACUGUACACCAGAUUUUUUUUGUAGUUUCCCUCUAUACUUCCCUCUAUAUAUGGAAGGUGCAAAGCCUCAGCUGGGAAAAACUUCUAUAAUUUACAUUCAAUUGUCAGUCCAUAUUGAUGAAUUUCUGAGGAAGCUCACCUGAUGUACUGAAGCAGCCAGUUGGAGCCAGUUAAAGUAGUAGCAUAUAUUCAGUGCUAGAAUUACUAGGAGGCUUAGAAAUGAGGACUUGAGACGAACAAACUCAGUGUCAAGGGCUGGUGUCUCACUUAGUUACUAUUCAAACCAAAAGAAGUACACAGAUUAGUAUAAAUACUAUGUUUAUUAAAUAUCUUUACAGUUUAUUUAAAUGUAUUUACAGAACUAUUCCUGCAUAAGUUAUAAUUCAGACAUCCAAAUUCAGGUAAUUGCCUCUUGGGUAAUAAGACAAAUAAUGAUAGUCUCAACAGAAAAAAAGCAGCUCAUUAGUAUACACACAGAUUCUAAUUUGCUUCAUUAUUUAGCCAUCUUUGCCACAAACUACCUGCUAACAGUUAAAAUUUUGACAUGGACACAUUUUAGUUGAGAAGUUCAAUUUUGCAAAGAAUUUAAUUUUAAAUAAAUAGAAUCCAAAUAUGUUCUGCUUCAUGUUUUGUUUUAUAAGCAGAUUUUGGUUUUUUGAUACUGUAAAAUUUUUAAAAUGCAAAAAUGUGAUACAGUUUCCAGAGAAACUGAAUGCUGUAGCUUCUACCAAAGACAGCUGGUAUAAGGUGACCUAAGGAACCAUGAACUUACCAAAAGUACAAAUGUUUACAGUUCAAGCCAAUAUCUUGUUUACAUUCUCCCAAACACUCAAAGCUGACUCAAUAAAUUCCCACGAUUCCUGCCUAACUUGUUACUUGGUAUGGUGGGCUAGUGGUACUGAAGGUGGUUUCCAUCUCCGGGCUACUGUCCUAUCCAGAACACAUGCAGCUGAUAGGAGACGAUGCUCUCCCAUCACGCAAAGCUUAAAACCGAGUUUCUAAUCUAGACACAGCCCAACCCCCAGACAUGCAUACCUGGAAUGGAUUCUUUUGUGACUUAGUACCCAUCAACCAUGUCAAGCAAAUACAGUAACUCAGGACAAAUAACUUGUUCCCCCUGCCUCCCAUUUCUUCUUUUAGUUUUCAGAGCCUAUAGACUCUAUUGCAUCUCCAUUUGGUAAAAAUUUUUUUUUUUUGUGCGCAGGCAGCUUAAGUUCAUAGGAAGAAAUAAGGUUCUGAUAUGUUUAGAGUGCACAUUUUAAAACAGAACAAAAUAAAAAUUUCAAGCAUG